AUGUCAUUUAAAGUCGGAGGAACUAGUCGGCUUUGUGUCUCACAUUUUCCAAGAGCAGAUCUCCCGAUUUCACUCUCUCUCUCUCUCUCUCUCUUCCCUCUCUCACCACCCUCUGCUAUAUAUUCAUUCUUUUUCUCUCCUUCUUUUAAUUUAUUCUUGAUAUUAGAAGCCUCAUCUAUAUUAUCCUUUCUUUCUUCCUCUUUCUUUCUUUCUUUCUUUCUUUCUUUCUUUCUUUCUUUCUUUCUUUCUUUCUUUCUUUCCCUUACAUCUCCUAUUCAUUUGCUUUUUCUUUCUUUCUUUCUUUCUUUCUUUCUUUCUUUCUUUCUUUACCUUACAUCUAUUCAUUUGAUUUUCUUUCUUACUUUCUUUCUUUCUUUCUCUUACAUCUAUUCAUUUUCUUUCUUUCUUUCUUUCUUUCUUUCUUUCUUUCUUUCUUUCUUUCUUUCUUUCUUUCUUUCUUUCUUUCAACUUCCCCUAUCCUCUUUAUUAUUCUUUCUUUCUUUCUUUCUUUCUUUCUUUCUUUCUUUCUUUCUUUCUUUCUCAUCAUCUAUAUUUUACUGGGGGGAGUCCAUGCGUGCGUGGGUAAAUUACCAUAACAUUAUCUAUCUAUCUAUCUAUCUAUCUAUCUAUCUAUCUAUCUAUCUAUCUAUCUGUUGUUGCCUUGUCUUUCUCGUCUUUCUCUCGCUUUUUCAUAGUCCCUUUUUGCCUCUAUCUACAUUUCUAUUUAAUGAGUACUCUCUUUAUCUCUCUUUAUCUCUCUCUCACAUUUCUCUUGCUUGCUCUCUCUCUCUCUUUCUCUUCCUCUCUCUAUCUAUCUAUCUACAUCUCUAUUCCAUGAUUUUUCUCCUUAUAUAUUUCAUAGUAUUUCCUCCUUAUAUCUCCUUAUGUCUCUCGUCUUUUCUCUCGCUUAUUCUCAUCUUUCUGUCUUACUUUAUUUAA